CGCUUAUAUACGACAAAGGGCGAUUGUGCACAACUGUAUAUCUUUUGUAUGACAAAAACGCUCACUUGUGCACAAUAUACAUACAAAAUAGUCACCUUAUAAAGUGUAUAAAGCGCUUCUGACUUUUUAGAUAAUACUAUUGAAUAGUCCAAUAUGGGUGACGCUGGAUUCUUUAGAGGCACCUCAGCGGACCAGGAUGGCAGAUUCGGGGACAAAAAGAAGAAGCUAUUGAAACAGCUCAAACACAAAUUCCCGCCCGAAUUGGACACAGAUGUGGAUCUCAAAAAGGAGUGACAAGGAACGAAUGGGUGGUUGAACUCAUUCACGUACCUUGCCGCGAUCGAAGAUCAAGCUAGAUGUCCUCAAGCCCUGGAUCUCCGAGCGGGUGACUGAAUUGCUGGGUAUUGAAGACGAUGUGGUGAUUUCUUAUAUUUUCAAUAUUCUGGAGGAAGACACAAAACCUAGUGGCAAGGAAAUGCAAAUCAACCUGACAGGAUUCAUGGAAUCGAAGACCAAGAUAUUUAUGAAAGAGCUAUGGACUCAUCUGAUCAGUGCUCAGAACUCGCCCCACGGUAUCCCCCAAGAGUUCCUGGAGAGGAAGGCGCAAGAAAUGCGGAUGAAAAACGAGGAAAGUGGCCGCAUAGCGAUGAAUAUGCAGAGCCGAUUCCCUAAUCAGCCCAAUUAUCAGAAUGGCAUCCGACCCAACUUUAACAACAACAAUUCCAACCAAAGUGCAAAUCCGAAUCUCGCACCCAUAGGUCAGAAUAUUCGGGCACCUUUCAUGCCACCAACCGGACCUCCUCCAGGGCCUCCUCCUACGAUCGGAGAGAUGAUGAGACCUGCCGGACCUUCCGCCGGUCUUGGGCUUCAGAAUCCGCUACUGAACGCGCUUAAAUCCCAGAAGCCUAAUCUAGCGUUGUCUUUAGCUGCCAACCCACCCCCCACUCAGCCCGUAUUGGAACAUACACAGAAGCCUCGGGGUUCAUUCCACGUGCCCAUGUCAGCCAAUCAGAACGAUUCAAAAUUAAGUUCGACCAAUCAGAACUCGCGUGGUAGAGAUCAUCGUGAGAAUGAUUCGCGUUCCAGGUCGCGCAGUCGAAGUCGUACUGAGCGAGAUCGCAGCCGGCACAGAGACCGAUACCGCACAGACGAGCACAGAAGGUCUCGUCACAAGCACUCUAGUCGCAGGCGCUCACGAUCACGGUCACGCUCCGGCUCACCUGUGGAACGUGAACGUAAGCACAGCCGGAGGGAGAGAAAGUCUCGCUCAAGAUCACGUUCACGCGAUAGAGACAGGAGCGGCAGGGAUAGGGAGAGACGAAGCAAACGCAAACACAAGUCCAGCAAGUCCGGUCGAAGGAAGCACAAGAGCUCGUCCAGACGCCACCGCUCUCGGGAUAGGUCGCGGUCUGCGUCUAGGGAUGGGUCUCUGUCACCGGUUAGAGAAACAAGUGAUGGGGAACGGCGGGAUGUGUUUCAGGAUUCGCCGAGGAGUGAUAGGGACGCGGAGGUGCCUGUGCCGGAUGCGGAUAAUUUGUGGGAUAGAAAGGAAGAUGCACAAGUGACGGGUGAGAGAAUUGCACAAGUCGAUAUGUCACCUGCUAAUAGUGUGCACAGCGGAGGUAAUGCGCAGGAUGAUGUAGAGGCUAUGCUAGGGAUCUAGUUAUAUGUUGGAAAGCUGCCGCAAAACAAGCGAGAGACUUGGUACUAGUAUGCAGGACAGAACUUCUCCUUGUUGCACUGUUACAUUUAAUUAAGUUCUGACGCAGCAUACCAAAGCUUCGGGAUGCUUCUGUGUGUGAUUUCAGAAUCUAGAUUCGUGGUUAAUCGCCGUCAGAGUAUCGAGAUAUGGGAUACUGCAAUGUACUGGUCGUAAUAGCAAGCGUGGGAAGGAAGACAAACUUCUACAUGGUUUGGCACGUCAUAAUGGCUUCGCUCAUCCCAGCGUGAAACAUGUUAAAUAAGUUUACGUAUACGGGUUAUGUCAAUCCUUUGCUAUCGAACGGACUUGUACUGUGUUUAAAACCACGAUCUCCAUGGGCUGCUCGCAGUUGCAUGAGGAAAGGAGUCAGAGAUCUGUAUAUUCGUGUAAAGUUUUCUUCAUCCAGAUCCUUGUAUACAAGCAUUUGGUACAUAUAUGCCAGACAUAGGCUAUGUGAGCUGGUUAUUUACCAAGUGAAUGAAAAGCGAUCACCUGACAGAGGGAUGGGACCGUGAAAGAGGGGUCUUCGGGUGAAUCGGAGCAUAUAUAAGGCACUUGCAAUUAGACUGCAGUCGGUAAACUUACUGGAACUAUGUCUCAAUAAAUUAUAAAGUCUGUUGUAAAGUG